GUGCAGAAGAAAUAACUCAGACUGGGAGGUUCAUCUUUUGCUGAACCACGUGUUUCUUUACAUCUCUGAGCACACUGUUCAUUAACAUCUAAUUCUCAGAGCUACUGCAAGUGCAUCGAAACAGGGAGAAGCGUUGUUAUAAGUUGGUCCACUCCUGAGUGUACAAGACAGGCUUUGAGAUAUCUGCUUUGUUGAUCUGACUUUUUAAUGGAUACCUGACUUCUGUUUUCUUUUCCUCAAGCACCUUUUUCUUGACUAGCUGUAAUACUCAGAGAAUUUAUCUUCUGUCAAGACCCUGACACAUUCCUGCUAUUUGGGUGUUUAAGGAAUUAGAGUUUUGGUGUCUUUUCUUUUUACAAACAAAAAAGGAAAAAAAACUAAAACUGAAUCUCUACAUGAUCGACACAGUCUGACACCAUCCUUUUGUUAUCAGACAACUGAUGCUUUGAAACUAUUGGACAUCAGAGGCUAUAUUGUCCUAUACGAGAAGUGAGAAAUCCAGCACCUGAAAGCCCAGUAAGGUUCCCAAGAGUCGUGUUUGUUGGACGAAGCACUGGAUUCAGUCAUGAGCGAAAGACAAAUAAAUGUGAACAGCCUCUUCUUGAAUGAAGACUCAGCCAAGCACCUCAGCUCAAAUGGAAGAAUCCAUCGGCUUCGACAGGCAAUGCGCCGACAUGCUAUAAGAGCUAAGAAAAGGAUGCUCAGCUUUAGCCGAACAAGCAGCAUGUAUUUCCUGCGAAGAAAUGCAUUUGUCCUGUUCACUGUAGCUGCUGUAAUAAUGGGCAUUAUUUUAGCAUUUGCCCUUCGGCCGUAUAAGAUGUCAGAACGAGAUAUUAAAUACUUCUCUUUCCCUGGGGAGUUGCUCAUGAGGAUGCUACAAAUGAUGGUCCUGCCUCUCAUUGUUUCAAGCCUGGUUACAGGUAUGGCGUCACUCGACAGCAAGGCCUCGAGUAAGAUGGGGCUUCGUGCAGUUAUUUACUACAUGGUGACCACCCUAAUUGCUGUGUUUAUUGGAAUCCUGAUGGUGAUGAUCAUCCAUCCAGGAAAGGGGACAAAGGAUAACCUGCACAGGGAAGGCAAGGUUGAACAAGUUCAGACAGCAGAUGCCUUUCUAGAUCUGAUCAGAAACAUGUUCCCACCUAACUUGGUUGAAGCUUGCUUCAAACAGUAUAAAACCCAGUACAGCAAGAAAGUCUUCCAAAAGCUUGUUACCCAACCAAUAAACAUCUCAGUUGCAACAAACACGCCCAUUCUGGAUAAUUCAACGCACAUCCUGAAGAAUGUCACGGAAGCCCUUGAGAAUCUCCAAAAAAUAAUAUUUGUGGAAGAGCUCAUUCCUGUUCCUGGAUCCUCCAAUAGCGUAAAUGCUCUUGGGCUCGUGUUUUUCUCUAUGUGUUUUGGACUUGUGAUUGGCAACAUGAAGCAGCAAGGAAAAGCACUGCGAGAGUUCUUUGACAGUCUCAAUGAAGCCAUUAUGAGACUCGUGGCAAUCAUAAUUUGGUAUGCUCCCAUAGGGAUCAUGUUCUUGAUUGCGGGUAAGAUCCUGGAGAUGGAAGACCUGGCCGUUGUUGGAGGCCAGCUGGGAAUGUACACCAUCACUGUUAUUGUUGGCCUGCUCAUCCAUGCUCUGUUGGUCCUGCCAACAUUAUAUUUCAUAGUCACACACAAAAAUCCAUGGACUUUCAUUGGCGGUCUGCUUCAGGCUCUCAUUACAGCUCUGGGAACAUCAUCCAGCUCUGCAACUUUACCUAUUACGUUUAAGUGUCUGGAAGAUAAUAUUGGGGUCGACAAAAGAGUAACUCGUUUUGUUCUUCCUGUCGGGGCAACAAUCAACAUGGAUGGCACAGCACUCUAUGAAGCCUUGGCUGCCAUCUUCAUUGCUCAGGUCAACAACCUUGACCUCGACUUUGGAAAAAUUAUCACAGUCAGCAUUACAGCAACUGCAGCAAGUAUUGGAGCAGCAGGGAUUCCACAAGCUGGACUCGUUACCAUGGUGAUUGUUUUAACAUCUGUGGGGCUGCCAACUGAGGACAUCACACUGAUUAUUGCUGUUGACUGGUUCCUGGAUCGUUUGAGGACUACAACUAAUGUACUGGGCGAUUCCUUGGGUGCAGGGAUAGUGGAGUACCUUUCUCGCCAUGAACUCCAGUCUCAGGAUGAAGACAUGGGCAACUCAGUGAUUGAAGAGAAUGCAAAACCAUAUCAACUUAUCCGGCAGGAGAAUGAGAAGCAAAAGCGUCGUAAUACCGAAACUAUGAUGUAAAGGCAGUGUUCAGGAUUUCAGGAACUGAGACUACACCAUGUUUGCAGAGAGUCUGUGCCAUGUUAUGCACUGUACAUUCUGUAUAUACUAAUGGCUGUUCUUCACAUAAUUAAUAAGGUGGCUCAGUGAAGGAGUCAGUGUUUAACCUGAACAGAGAUUCUGUCCAUUCUGGUGAGAACAGAACAACUGCAUUAGUAUUCAGAUUUAUGAAAGUAGUUCUGAUAAAGAUUGUAUUUGUCAAAAGGACAGUACUGUACUUAUCAUGGAAAUGACCAGUUAAAUUAACUGACGAACCAUGUUAACGCUACAGACAAUAUCUCUUUUGUUAGUUUUACUGAGGUUUUAGGGCACAGGAUUUCUUAUGUUAAGUAAUAUAUUUACAAAUUUAAACAAAUAAAAAAGAAUACUGAAACUUAGGCAGUAUUAGGGGUUCUCCCACUAAAUUAAUUGUGUAUUAGACAUAACAUAACUCUUAGUAAUAAACAGAGAUACUAGAUACAGACUGCUUUUGGUUAAAUGUAACAAAUUUAGUUACAUGGUGUUAAUACUGUUGUUUUACAUUUGUCCUUGUAUACCUAUGAGGGGCUAUAGCCCACUGUACACAAUUUCAAUGAUUAAAUUUGCUAAUGGCCUCUAAAAAUGCUAUAUACUGGGGGUGAGUUGUCUAAAAGGGUGAAAUGUUUGAAAAGAAUAUAAAGGUUCAGUUAUGGUGAGUUUACCAUAUUGUAUUAUGUUAGGUUCACAAAUGUUGGGCAAAUGCCUGUUAAUUGAAAGUGAUGAAUGCAGGAAUGGAUUAGUUCUUGUGUAGUCAUUUUAGUGAUUGUGGUCAUCAGUGGUGACAGCCCUGUCAGUAUCUAAAUGAUAAUGUUAUCUGGUCACUUGUUGCCCUCAGACCUGAUCAGGCAAUGCUUUAGGGGUAUACUAAAGUUCACCUUGUGAAGAAAACCACCUCGGCCAGAAUCAGCAAAACACAACCAGGAUUCCCCCCAUGUUAUCCGAACAGAGAUUGUCAGUAUGUUUUAUUUUUCCUCUGAAUAGAUUUAUUUAUUUAUUUAUCUAUUUAUUUGUUUGUUUUUUUCUUAUUGAAAUCUUGUUAUCCAUGCAUGUCACAUGUUCAUUUCUUUUUAUACUUUCACAACCUGUUGCCGUGGGAACAGUUUUGAAACACAAAUAAGUUAUUCUUACUGCAAGAAAACACAGGGGCAUGUAUUUCUCUUUUUGUAUGUAAUUUUUGUUGGCAGAUAAGGGUCUUACAGGCUAAGCUGCUUUAUUUUCCUUUUGCACUGUUAAUCAAUGCCUUAAUUUUUCAUCUGUCUUCUCUGAUUUCUGUUUGUCAUGUAUCAUCAAGUCCUAUAUCUAGAAGCCAUCUUGUUUCACUGGUAUUUUUUUUAUAUAUUGCCUACCAUGUUACCUGGACAGUUGCAGUUUCCCUAUAAGAUAUCAUCAUUAUUAGAUUGAAACAAUAAUUUUUGGAACCAUAUCACAAACAAGGCAACUGAAACCAGUACGCUACAGUACCAUAAUGGAGAACUAGGUAUGAGACUCCUGCUUACCAGAUGCAUAAAGUUUAUCCUGCUGUAAAGCACUUUACUUUCCUGUGCAUACCUUAAAUGUUGCAUUAGUUUAAAGAGAACUCUAACUGAGAAUUGCAAAACAGAAUAAUGAGCAUCUGAUACAGUACAAAAUAAAACACACUUUUAUGAA